AUGUCAGAAUUUAAUCGAACUUUUUUCGAAAAUGGUUCAGAUACAACAUCAAAUAAAGUUAUUCAUGUAAAUUCACACGCGAUAUCAAGAAAUACCUCCAAUAUUGAAUUGAGUACAAAUGGAGCAAAACUAGAUGAUCAACAAUUAAAUCAUCAUGUUGGUGAUGGAGAAGUACAUUUAAGAAAAUCUUUCUCUGCUUGGUCAAUUUUAGGUGUUGGUUUUGGUUUAACAAACUCUUGGUUUGGUAUUUCAACCUCAUUAGUCACCGGUAUUUCUUCAGGUGGUCCAUUGAUGGUCGUUUAUGGUAUUAUUAUUAUUGCACUGAUUUCCGUUUGUGUUGGUGUUUCUUUAGGUGAAUUAUCUUCUGCAUACCCACAUGCUGGUGGUCAAUUUUGGUGGUCAUUAAAAUUAGCACCACCAAAACAUAGAAAAUUUGCAGCAUAUUUAUGUGGAUCAUUUGCGUAUGCCGGUUCUGUUUUCACUAGUGCCUCAACUACUUUAUCAGUAGCUACCGAAGUUGUUGGUAUGUAUGCAUUGAAACAUCCAGAAUUUAAACCACAGAGGUGGCAUGUCUUCAUAUGUUUUGAAUUAUUACAUUUGUUUUUGAUGUUAUUCAAUUGUUACGGUAAAUCUCUACCAUUGAUUUCUUCAUCUUCAUUAUAUAUUUCAUUAACAUCAUUUUUCACCAUUACUGUCACGGUCCUAGCAUGUUCCUCUGGUAAAUUUAAUGAUUCAAAAUUUGUAUUUGCAUCAUUCUAUAAUGAAACUGGUUGGAAAAAUAAUGGUAUUGCAUUUAUUACAGGUUUAAUCAAUCCUGCAUGGUCUUUCUCUUGCUUGGAUUGUGCUACACAUAUGGCAUUUGAAGUUGAAAAACCAGAAAAAAUUAUCCCAUUAGCCAUUAUGGGAACAAUUGCCAUAGGGUUUGUAACUUCAUUCUGUUACGUAAUUGCGAUGUUCUUCUCAAUUAGAGAUUUAGAUAAAUUAUUAAAUUCAACUACAGGAGCACCAAUUUUAGAUAUAUUCAAUCAAGCUUUGGGUAACUCUAGUGGUGCAAUCUUUUUGGGCUGCCUUAUUUUAUUCACAUCUUUCGGGUGUGUUAUUGCAUGUCAUACUUGGCAAGCAAGAUUAUGUUGGUCUUUCUCCAGAAAUAAAGGUUUACCAUAUUCACAUUUAUGGUCACAAGUUAACCCAAACGUCGGGGUACCACUAAAUGCACAUUUGAUGUCCUGUGCUCUAAUUUCAAUUAUUGGUGUUUUGUACAUCGCUUCUUCGACUGCAUUUAAUUCUUUGAUUACAGCAUGUAUUGCAUUUUUAUUACUGUCAUAUAUUAUUCCAGUUAUUUGUUUAUUACUAAAGAGAAGACAGAUAAAACAUGGUCCAUUUUGGCUAGGCAAAUUCGGUCUAUUUAGCAAUAUAGUUUUGCUUUGUUGGACCAUUUUUGCAAUUGUCUUUUUCUCUUUCCCACCACAACUACCAGUCACUAAAGAUAAUAUGAACUAUGUGUCUGUGGUUAUUGUUGGUUAUUCUAUUUAUGCAAUUUUAUAUUGGCAUUUUAAAGGUUCGAAAGAAUUUCAUUUCACAGAAGAAGAAGAAACGCAAAAAUCCAUGGAUACCGACUAUGAUAAUGAUUCAAAUGAAUCUAUCGUAAGUGAUCUAAAUGAUGAAGUAUCAAAUGGUUCUCUUAAUGUUGACAUUGAAGAAUACAAUGUUUCCAGCACUCUGAAAAAAUCUAAAACCCCAACUACCAUAGAACUUCAUUAA